UAAUUUUAGUAUUAUAUUUUCUCAUUCCCAACCUUCGACUAAAAACGCCAAAGGGAAAAAGUAUUUCACUUUUGUUUUGAUUUUGAUGGCCCAAACAGAAGCCUUUCAGCCUUCGUUUUCUUCUUAAAAACGCCCUUUUUCCCUCUAUCUCUCUCUUUUCACACUAUACCCGUACACUGCAAAACAAAAAAAAACCAUAAAAUCUUUGAAAAAAAAGUGAAGUUACAGACAAAUAUUUUCAAGACUCUCAAGAAAAACCGAGGAAAAAAGGUCAAUUUAUUUUUAAAAGUGGAAAGGGAAACCCAAAAGAAAUCUUCAAAACAAGAAAAGAUAAAAAUAAUCACCUCAAAUAUUUUUUGUUGUUGUUUAAACUGGGCUUGUCUUCACCACCUAGAUCCUUUUAAAGCUUAGGUUUUAAAGGGCGUAUGCAUUUGUUCAAGCAAUCGACUUUUUUGGUGAUUUUAGAGUCUUGGGUCUGCUUCAAAACGGAGUUUAAGGAUUGACUUUUAAAGAUCAGAUUUUAUUUUUAACAUUUGUUUACGAGGAUUAUCUUGAAGAGGUUUUCUGAUGGGGAGUCCCGAUGAGGCCAACAUAAAGGGCAUUGAUGCGUCGGUGGGUGGUUUGGUUUGGGUCCGACGCAGAAACGGUUCGUGGUGGCCGGGUCGGAUUAUGGGCCUUGACGAGCUCGCUGAGGGUUGUUUGGUUUCUCCGAGAUCCGGUACUCCUGUUAAGCUUCUUGGACGUGAAGAUGCAAGCGUGGACUGGUAUAAUCUUGAAAAGUCUAAGAGGGUGAAGGCCUUUCGCUGUGGAGAAUAUGAUGAAUGCAUCAAGAAAGCAAAGGCUUCGGCAGCAAAUUCUAGCAAGAAAGCAGUAAAAUAUGCACGAAGAGAAGAUGCUAUUCUCCAUGCUCUUGAGAUUGAGAGUGCACGUUUAGGCAAGGAUCAUCCAGAUUAUUUCUUUAGAAAAGAUAAUUCUGGUGGUGAUCAGGGUAGUUUGGCCAAAGAAUCACCGAUAAUGUCAUGUUCUGGGAGAGAAAAUGAGGAUAUGACUGAUGAAAUGAGUGAAGCAGAGGAUGGCUCAGAUUCAGCUCCAGAAUUAUCACAGUCAGGCAUAUCCUUUGAAGAGCCAAAUCAAAUUAAUGGCACUAAGGGGCACUCUAUGCUGGUAAAGAGAAGAAAAACCCCAAAUGAUUCAGAGGAUGAUGGAACUGAAGGAAUCAAGCGCAUGAGAGGACUCGAGGAUCUAGGCUUGGGUGUAGGGUCAAAAAGAAAAGUGCAGGCUGCAGGGGUGCUUGAGCUAGUUCAACAAGAUAAUGCUUCAUUAUAUGGCCCAAACACUGGUAAUUGCCUGUCUAAUGGAGGUCCCGUAAAUGGUAGCAGAAAUCAUUCAUCAUCACUGAAAAGAAAGAGAUCUCAAGUGGCAAAUGUUCAUGAAUUGUUGAAAAGGAAAAAUCGUCGGCGACCAUUAACCAAGGUUUUGGAGAGUACAGCUAUGUUGUCUGUUCCAGUGGUUUGUGAUGAACUUCCAAGCUCAAGUGGUUCACCCCUAAGGGGACUCUCUGACAGCAAGGUUUCAGGAAUGGAUUCUAAUGAAUCACGGAAAAGUGUUUCUGCGGUAAUUAACAACAACAACAACAAUAACAACUCAGAUAGUACUGGAGUUUCAUGUGAGAAUGGUUUCUCCUUAAAUGCUUCUGAACAUGCUGCUGAUGCACCUCAAACUAAUAAUAAGACAAAGGACAAUGAAAUUUCCAGUAUAACAGGGUUAGCUGAGAAUGAAUCUUCUGACAGGCUAUUUGAUGUGCCAUUUGUCGGAGAAGAUAAGCCAUCUGCAGCUUUUUCUCCAAUAUUUGUAUCUUGUUCAUCUGAGACGCCUGAAGUUGGUGAUUUGGGAAGGCAAGCUGAAACUAAUGGACAUGAUGAAUCUGUUUGUACCAGAUCAAUGGAUGUUCAUACAAAUAGUAUUAGCCAGAGGGUAGAGAAAGGUACUGCAGAUUGGCAGUUAAAAGGAAAGAGGAAAUCAAGACAAAUAAGUAAAAAUCAAAAACCCGACUUGAGAAAAUAUGCUGACAUGGAUGAUGAACCAAAUGCUUAUUUGGCAGGUAGAGAGGACUUUGAUGGAUUUUCUCAGGGUUCUGAUCAGAAAGUUGAUUGCAAUGGUAUUGGUGGGUCAGUUGCUCCAUAUACUUGUGCCUUACUAUCCAAGUCCAAGUCAGUUGUUGAAGAGGAGCUUGAAGGGUUCCGGGACAGGAAGUCUAUGUCUGGGGAGCCUCGUACAAGAGGGCCGAUAGUUGAGGAAAAGUUAGUACCUGAUGGUUCUGUGACCCCUCAAAGGUCACUUCCAUACCGUCAGUCCCGUUAUACUGUUCACUCCAGAUAUCAGUUGACAGAUUUUCCUGGGAGAACUCAAUCUGCUGAUUCAUCAUUAUAUGAUGUUAAGAUUGAGGUGAAAGCUAACUAUCGGCCACAGCAUGUUCGGUUAGUUUCCCUCACAAGUAAAUUGAACGGAAAAGCCAUAAUUGGUCACCCUCUAACAGUCGAGGUUUUGAGUGAUGAUUACUAUGGCAAUUUGACACAUGAAGCUGCUAUGGAGUGCACUGAAAUAUGUCAUGUAGUGAAGCGAAAUUCAGAUGCACGAGCCCCUACAAAGCAUAAGAAAUUGCAUAAGAAAUUGCAGUCACAUUUCCCACCACGUAAAUCAGCCAAAACAAACAAAUCUGGACAAUUAUCUAAAAAGAUUCGGAAAUUGUCAUCAUUGACUGGUCAGAAGCUUGGUGUAGCUGACAGGAAACUGGUGGUGGAGAAGCCCAUGGGUCCUGUAAUAGCUUGUGUUCCUCUGAAGUUAGUAUUCAGCAGGAUAAAUGAAGCAUUUAUGGGCUCAGCACGACCAACAAAUCGCCCUUUAGCAUCCGGCAAUUCAUGAGUAGGUGAUCCCUACUAUAAUGAAUGUGGUCACUUCUGGGAUUCUAUUAGGCUAGAUAACCUGGGUCGUAGGUUCAUUUACAAGCCUUGCCAAUAGCAACAGCAGCAGCAGCAGCAGCAGUAGCAUUCAUGCAUUCUGCCCCCAGGUAGAAUGUAUCCCUAUGUACAAUUGAAAUGACAUUGGGUGGUUGUAGAAAAGGAAACUAGUAAGGAGUAUGAAGGAUGAUGAAGGCUUCUCUGGCUUUGUAUAUAUAUAAAAAUGUUACAUUAGUUGAGGUGUAAAGGAGGUGGGAUCUGGUAUUAGGUAUAUCCAUGACCUGAUAUUGUUUU